ACCAAGCACGGACCUUUCCUUGUCUUGAACGGUUUGGCAAGCAGCAAUUACCGGCAGCAGACUGGGUAGCUGAUCGUCCAGCUCCCGGUGCCUUUCUCUCGUAACUGGUGUGUUGUUGUCUCUUAGGCUUUACGUAGCGUCUAUGAAGACAGCAACUGGCCUCUGACCUGACUUACUAGGCUGUGUCCAGAGCCUUUUAGCGAGGAGUCUCGGCACGAAGAUGAGUACCGUCAACUCCCAGGAUGAUGAAGAUACCUUUAAAAUACUUAUUGCUACUGAUAUUCAUCUUGGCUAUUUGGAGAAGGAUCCUGUGCGUGGAAAUGAUACAUUUGUAACUUUUAAUGAAAUUCUGGACCAUGCUCAAAAAAAGGAAGUGGACUUUGUUUUAUUAGGUGGGGACCUUUUUCAUGACAACAAACCUUCCAGAAAAACAUUACACUCUUGUUUGGAGUCACUAAGAAAAUACUGCAUGGGUGAUCGUCCUGUUCAGUUUGAAAUUUUGAGUGAUCAGGCAGUUAAUUUUCAUUAUAGCAAGUUUCCAUGGGUGAAUUAUCAGGAUGGAAAUCUCAACAUUUCUAUUCCAGUUUUUAGUAUUCAUGGCAAUCAUGAUGAUCCCACAGGGGCAGAUGCACUGUGUGCAUUGGAUAUUUUAAGCUGUGCAGGAUUGUUGAAUCACUUUGGACGUUCAACUUCUGUGGAGAAAAUAGAUAUUAGUCCCAUUUUAUUGCGUAAGGGUAGAACAAAAAUUGCUCUGUAUGGCUUGGGAGCUAUUCCAGAUGAGCGGUUGUAUCGUAUGUUUGUCAAUAAACAAGUAACCAUGCUGAGACCAAAGGAAGACGAAGAUAGUUGGUUUAACUUGUUUGUGAUUCAUCAAAAUAGAAGCAAACAUGGAGCUACCAACUACAUUCCAGAGCAGUUUUUAGAUGACUUUAUUAAUCUUGUUGUGUGGGGUCACGAACAUGAGUGCAAAAUAGCUCCAUACCAAAAUGAACAGCAACGUUUCUAUGUUUCUCAGCCAGGAAGUUCAGUGGUGACAUCUCUGUCCCCUGGAGAAGCUGUGAAGAAACACAUUGGUUUGCUGCAUGUUAAAGGGAAAAAAAUGCAAAUGCAGAAGAUUGCUCUAGAGACAGUGCGAACUUUCCACAUGGAGGAUAUUGUUCUAGCUGAUCAUCCAGAUCUUUUUAAUCCUGACAAUCCUAAAGUAACUCAGGCAAUACAAGCAUUCUGCAUGGAGAAGGUUGAACUGAUGCUGGACAACGCAGAAAGACAACGUUUGGGAAAUCCACGCCAGCCAGAGAAGCCUCUCAUAAGAUUACGAGUUGAUUAUGCAGGUGGCUUCGAACCAUUCAAUGUCCAUCGUUUUAGCCAGAAGUACAUGGAUAGGGUAGCUAACCCAAAAGACAUCAUAUACUUUUUCAGGCAUCGUGAACAAAAAGAGAAGAAUGACAAUGAUCUUAAUUUUGGAAAACUGGUUAGCAGACCUACUGCUGAGGGGAUGACACUGAGGGUGGAAGACCUUGUAAAGCAGUAUUUUCAGACAGCGGAGAAGAAAGUACAGCUUUCACUUCUAACUGAAAGAGGAAUGGGAGAAGCAGUGCAGGAGUUUGUGGACAAAGAGGAAAAAGAUGCCAUAGAAGAGUUGGUGAAAUUUCAGCUAGAAAAAACACAGAGGUUUCUUAAGGAGCGUCGCACUGAUGCAGAGGAAGAAAAAAUAGACGAGGAGGUGCGAAAAUUCAGGGAGAGUAGAAAAGAGAAUACUGAAGAAGAGGAUGAGGAAGUUCGUGAGGCAAUGACCAGGGCUAGAGCCCACAGAUCUGAGGAUGCAGUUCUUGUCGCAGCCUCCAGUGAUGAAGAACUCAUGGAUACGGGGAUGAAAGACACUGGUGAUUCAGAUGAUGGCCUUCCUGCAACAGUGAGACGAGGAAGGGGUUGCGCAAGAGGUAGGGCAAGAGGUGCAAGAGGACAAAAUUCAACAGCAAGAGGUUCAUCUCGAAGGGGAAGAGGAAGCACUAGCCAAGAGUCAGCUACUAGCAGCAGAACCUACAAGCCUGUGUCUGUGCCUGCCAAGAAUAUGUCUAUCGUGGAUGCCUUUAGGUCUUUGAAACCAGAGUCCUCUUUGAAUUCAUCUAAAUCUUACUCUGAGGAUAUUAUGGAUGAUGACUCUGAUCUAGAAGACAUUUCUAUUGUUCGUUCUUCCAAAGUAAAUCAAAGGUUGUCAACUACAUCUUCACUUAGUAAAAGAGGUUCACAAAGCCAAACAUCUAGAGGAGUCGAUUUUGAGUCAGAUGAGGAUGAAUUUGAUCCAUUCAAAAGCACUGCACCAUCAAGAAGAACUAAGUGAUUUCUGGCUUGCUGUACAAGAGAGACUGUGAAAGUUAGUGAAGAAAAUGGAAAGCAGUUUGCAAGGCAUUCUCCAUAUGACAUUUCUCUGUAAAUGAUGGCUUGCCUUCAGUUUUUGCUUCUAUGAGAUGUUUCUGGUUUGGGGUUUUUUUUUUUCAGUGGCACCAAAUUGCUAUAAUUUGGGUGUUGUGUUGCUUGAUGCAUUAGACUAGAGUGUCUAAUAUUCUGAAGUACUGCCUGAAACUGCAAGUUCUUUCUAAAACUUCUAAAAGCCUGUUUUCUUUCUGGGAUGAUAACAACAGUCAUAUCUUUUAUAGAAAACUCCAUCUCUUGGGCUUGAAUUUUACGGAGGAGUAAAUUUAUAGUAGUAUGCAAGUAUGGGCAUGGACAUGGACUCGGUCAGCAUAACGAAACUCGUACUUAUUUGCAAUUUUCUAUGGAUACAGUUGAAAACUCUGGAGAGUAAUAGUUUGACCCAACGGUUUUCAGUAUAGAAGCUGGAAAAUGUUCUAAUACUUUCAGCUCUACUAGGAGAACUAAAUCCACUAUUGCACUGUUAUUAAAUGUCAUAGUAUAUGGGAAUUAAUUCUGGUCUGUAAUUCAAGAAGUACCAAAGGGGACUCUUAUGUCUUAAUGUUGUGGGCACAUCCUAGGCAGAGAUUUAAGCAAAGUGUAUAGGAUUGAUAGGAAUUGUAUCAAAGGUUCUUUCUACCUUUUUCACAAUUUUUUUUCAGUCAGCUGUCAAAUUCAGAGCAGCUUUGUUUAUAAACUGCAGCAGUUCUUGAAUUGUCUUGUACAGAAGAUAAAGAUAGCAUCCUUCACUUCAGGGGGGAAAAUGUAACCUGGUGUGUGUAGAAAGACUGUACUAUAAACAGAUACUUCUCCUAAUUGUUAAUGUAAUUUGUUAUAUGGGGGUAAGAUGCACAGAAAAUCAAUGUUAUUUCUCAGAGAUCACAUUGGAUAGUUUCUGAAAAGUCACUUCUCACUCAUGUAACUUCCAGUCCACCUGCCCCAGGAAAGCUCAAAAAUUCAACAAAGCCACAGUAGUGGAAGAAAGAUUGUUCCCAGGAAAAUGGGGGGUGGGGGUGUGUCUGCACACUCUGCUCUGUAUUUAAGAAGAAGAAAAAGCAUUAUUCCUUUUUUUGAAUGCUUCUGAAUUGCAUUCUUUAGUGUGAGUGGGGUUUUUUUAUAUUCCUGUUACAAACUUUUUUUUCAUCAGGCCUGUUGUCUAAUAUAUUAUAAUUUUGUUAAGAGUUCUUUUGCACAGAUGUUUUUGAUGACUUCUUAUGAUUACCUGAAUUCAUGAGCUGUAUAGCUUUAUUUCGAACAUUUUCUAAAUACUUCUCAUUUUAUAAAUUACAUCACAGGUACCUUUUACAAAAACCAUAUACAGCGUACCAAAUCCUGACGUUCCUGUGCAGCUGCUUCCUUUGCUGUCAGUGGGUGCCAGGGAUGGUGGAGCAAGGGAGCUGUCAGCAGGAGUGGGUACCAAGCUGACAAACCUACUUCAGCCUGUUCGCUAGUAACAGCCACGUGUAGGUGAAUUGUUCAGACAGUUCAUACUGGGGUAUUUUUAAAUACAAACUAAACCAGAAGGGUGAUGUGAGGCAGAGAAGGGCACACAGGCAACAUGAGAGUGACAUGACAUGACCAGAGCUUCCACAGGGCUUUUUCCAUGAUCCUUUGUGCGUAUUUUGGGUGGGCCUGCCCGGUGUGUGGUGGGUCUACCUCCUUGGGUCACAAGACGCUGA